AUGAUGGUCUCCGGGGCGACGCAAAGAGGAGGAGGAAAAACGGCGAAGCUGUUGUGGCCUUGGUGGUUCUGCUCGGCGGAAGGGAAAGAGGAGGUGGAGGCAGCAAGUCUGUUUCUUUCUGAUCCAUGGCGAAUAGGGUAUCUCAGGAAAAUGGUAAGUAGAGGCGGUGGUUUUUGGUUUUCAUCGGACUCAGUGGUUGCAGUAAUGAGGUGCAGGUCGACUGCCUCAAUAGAGCAAUCACUAUCUCCGAUCCUUUGCUUGAUUGAAGAAGGAAAGACGAAGGCUGCCCGUAGGCGGCUGUUUGUUGAUCGGGGAAGGCAGCUUAUGAACACAGAAAUCGUUAGGUUGUUUGGUUUGGGUGAUUCAAAGAAAUUGAAGAAGGGAGAAACAAUUGUUUUGUUCUUUCAUUUGAUAGAGAAGGAGGAGUACAAUCGGGAUUGUGAGAUCACCCGGAAAGGAUACUUAAUAUCAAACUUCCAUUUGGAGGUGUUCUUGGUUGGGAAUGAAGGUGCAAGCAGAUACAAAAGGAUCGAUCAAUUUUUUUUUUCUCUGUGAAAGGAAAACGUGGGGAUGAAGGGAGAAAGGUGAAGUGUAAUUUGAGUGUUCAGGAAGAGGUGAAAAGCACUUGGGUGCACACGAGUGAUCAAUUUUGUUGUACAUAAUUGUAUAUAAUAAAAUUUGUAAAAUAAGUGUAAAAUCAGUAUUGUAAUUGUUUAUUAUUAAUAUCAUUAUUAUUAUUGUAUUAUUUGUAAUUAAAUAAUUUUUCUAUGUAUUUUAUGUAUGCAUUGCUUAAAUUGGAAUGUGAAGAAAUACUAUAUAUUUAGCUUGUUUUCUUUUAUCCAUAAAUGGAUAUAUAUUUGAG